AAAAAAAGAAAAAAAAAGAAGAAGAAUUCUUCACCAAACUGAAAAGUGAGAUCUAACUAACGCAGAAAACUCAUCUUUAAUGACUCCUAUUUUUCUUUCAAUUGAGUCUUUGAUUCUUCUCCGCCUCAAUAUUUGCUCUUUCAUUUCAAGAUUUGAGCUUGAAGAAUCCUUGAUUGCUCCAAGAUCUAUUUGUUCUCCAAGAUUAUUUGCAAAAGCAAGACAGUCAAUUAUCUCAAUGAACAAGAUUUUGUAUUCACAAUGGCUGAAUCAGGGAACUUGGAAGAAGAAGAAGUUAACCGGAAUUGUGUAUAUCUAAAUCUGAGCAGAAAGCAUCCAAGAAAAGGAUCAAUUAAGAGGAAUAAUCAAGGAGGUCCAGUUUAAGUCUUAAGAGGCACAAGAGAAUGCCAAAGUCCUUUGAGAAGCAAAACGAAGAGCUGAGAGAGAGAAUUGCCGACUCUGAUAGGAAUAUCAAAACGAGGAGUUGGGGUUUUUCCAGAAUUAGGGGAAACAGAGAAAAGUUCAGAAAUCUUAGAGCCACUGCCAAUAAGAUAUUUUAGACGUAACUGUGGACAAAUCAUGGAUAAACGAAUCUCGUUUAUCCAGUAACUAUACAUUAGGAGUGAAAAAAUUCUUGGAUUUUGCCUUUGGUUAUUCAAAGGCAGAGAUGAUGAAAUGUCCGUGUACUCGCUGCUUUCUAGUUAAAUUGAAGUCUAAGGAAGACAUUGAAGGAGAUUUGAUGUGUUUUGGCUUUCUAAGUUCUUACACAUGUUGGGUAUUGCAUGGAGAAGAUGUUGAUGUCACAGAAAAUACCACAGGAUUACCUUCUCAAAUAAACAAUGAUCAUGUUGAAUCUACUACAACUUCGAAUCUCUUGAAUGAUCUAUUCCCUAAUGUCAACAUGGAUGCAUAUGAAGGGUCUGGUUUGCCUGAGCAACCUAUGAGCAUAGAUAUGCUAGCACCAUCAGCGGAAAAUUGUGAAAGGGGAGAAAGUUUUGACAACUUCCAUGCUGAUUUUAAUCAAGAGCUAUACGAAGGAUGUACUAACUUCACUAAGUUAUCCUUCAUAUUGAAGUUGUAUCAUAUCAAGUGUAUGUGUGGGAUAAGCGACAAGGGAAUAUCAUUGAUUCUCGAUUUGCUUAAAGAAGCAUUUCCUCAUGCAAAAUUGCCAAAGUCAUUCAGUGAUAUGAAAAAGGUUAUCCGUAAGUUGGGUUUGACAUCUGAGUUAAUUCAUGCAUGCCCAAACAACUGCAUGCUGUAUUGGGAAUCAAAUGCAGAUAGGCAAACUUGCAUAGUCUGUGAAUCAUCUCGAUGGAAGACAAAACCUUCUGCAAACAUUGAGUUGUCUGGGUCAGAAAAGAAAAGGAAACAACUACCUGCAAAGGUUUUACGUUAUUUUCCUCUGAAACCACGUCUACAACGCUUAUUUAUGUCAUCAAAAACGGCUGCUCAUAUAAGAUGGCAUGCAAGUGGUAGUAACAAUGAUAGUAAGCUAAGACAUCCUAGAGAUGGAGAGGCUUGGAAAGCAUUUGAUCUGCAGCAUCCUGAAUUUGCAUCUGAUUCAAGAAAUGUACGACUUGGGUUGGCGUCUGAUGGAUUUAAUCCAUUUGGUACAAUGAGUACAAAUUAUAGUAUUUGGCCAGUAGUUUUAUAUCCGUAUAACUUUCCGCCGUGGAUGUCAAUGAAGCAAACAUCGAUGAUUCUCUCUAUGAUUAUUCCAGGAAAGCAAAUGUCUGGUAAUGAUAUUGAUGUGUAUUUGCAGCCGCUUAUCAAAGAGCUGAAAGAAUUAUGGUUUGAUGGGAUCAAGACUCUAGAUGCUUCUACAAAUCAGAUGUUUGAUAUGCGAGCAGCCAUUAUGUGGACUAUUAGUGAUUUUCCAGGUCUCGGAAAUUUGUCUGGUUGGAAUACAUAUACAGCAUUGGCAUGUCCGAGUUGCAAUUAUGAUGCCGUUAAACUACGUUUACGCCAUGGGAAAAAAAAUUGUUUUAUGGGUCAUCGUCGUUUCCUUCCACUAAAUCAUAGCUUUCGUCAAAAUAAGAGUGAUUUUGAUGGAACAAUUGAAACUAGAUCUCCUCCUGUUACACCUUCGGGUUUUACAAUUAUGCAGCAGCUUGAAACAGUUAAUGUUACACUAGGUAAAGGAGAUGGUUUGGUUGGGAGAAAGAGAAGUCGGAGUGAUAAAGAUGAACAACAAUGGAGAAAAAGAAGUAUAUUUUUUGAGCUGCCUUAUUGGAAGUUUGUUUUGAUACGACAUAACUUGGAUGUUAUGCACAUAGAGAAAAAUGUGUUUGACAAUUUAGUCAACACAAUUUUGGAUGACAAGGAGAAGUCAAAAGACAAUCUGAAUGCUAGAAAAGAUCACCGAGAGCUUGGUCUUCGUCAUGAGUUGUGGCCUGAUGAUAAUGACAAGUAUCCAGCAGCCUGUUUUACUCUAAACAACAAUGAAAAAGACAUUUUUCUAAAUGUUUUAAAAUGUGUAAAAUUUCCUGACGGUUAUGCUUCUAACUUGUCUAGGUGUGUUGAUAUCAAUAACAGAAAGUUAUCAGGCCAGAAAAGCCAUGACUGCCACGUGAUAAUGAGAGAUUUGCUGCCGAUUGCAAUUCAGAACUUGCUGCCACAUGAAGUUACAUCUACCAUUGUUGAGUUAUGCCACUUUUUCCGAGAUAUAUCUGCAAAUGUCUUUGUUAUUGAAGAUCUUGACAAAUUACAACAGCGUAUUGUGCUGACUUUAUGUGAAAUGGAGAAACUAUUCCCUCCAUCAUUUUUCACCGUGAUGGUACAUUUAGUAGUACAUCUCACUGAAGAAGCAAAACAAGGUGGACCAGUCCCAUAUCGUUGGAUGUAUCCAAUUGAGAGGAUUCUUGGACAUUUCAAAUCAUAUGUUCGUAAUCGUGCCAAGCCAGAGGGUUCUAUAUGUGAACAAUAUCUAGCUGAUGAGUGUAUAACAUUCUGCUCAAUGUAUCUUGACGACAUAGAGACACGGUUUAAUAGGGGUGGCCGUGUUGAUGAUCAACCUAUAGUCUACAAUAGUAUAAGACCAAAUUCUGGACUUGCAGCUAUUUUCCCAACUGUUGGUAGAUUUGUUGGAGCAGGUCGUGUUCAUACUCUUACUUACGUAGAGAGGCUCCAGGCACAUCGACACAUACUAAUUAGUUGUCAACUUCUUGAUGAUUUACGAGAGAAAUACAGAAAUGAGCUAGCAAGGAAACAAUCUAGUCGAAGCAAAAGGAGUCGUGCUCUUGAUAUUGACAGAGAAAUACACCUAAAUUUUGCUAAAUGGAUCAAAGAGAAAGUAGAGAAAAAUGACAUUGAUGGUAUCACUGAUGAUAUACGGUGCUUAGCUAUAGGUCCAUCCAAUAGAGUUGUGAAGUAUUCAGCCUACAAUGUCAACGGGUUCAAAUUUCGAGUAUUGGAAAGAGAAGAUGAACUCAAAACACAGAACAAUGGUGUUUGUGUCGAAGCUGAAACGAUGAGUUAUGCAAGCUCUCGUGAUCCUAACCCAAGAGUAGGAGAUGUAGCUUACUAUGGACAAUUGGUUGAAGUAAUUGAGUUGAACUACUAUGAGACUUUCAGAGUUGUUUUGUUCAAGUGCAAGUGGGCUGAUACUCGUAAUAACAGGGGAUAUAAAACGGAUGCUUUCGGUCAUCGGUUGGUGAAUGUUACACGUCUGAUACAUACAGGGGAUAAUGAUGAUGAUGAGCCGUAUGUGUUGGCUUCACAAGCAAGAAUGGUAUAUUAUGUUCAAGACCCUCAUGAGAAAGAAUGGAAUUACGUAGUUCAUGUUCAACCGAGAGAUGUAUAUGAUAUGGGUGAUCCAAAUCCAUCCGAUGAGCUACAUGUUCAAGAAGAUGCCUAAAGUGUCAUUCUACCAUGUCUUGCGUAACACUAGAAUUAAUUUGUAAUUUGCUUUCUUGUUAAUUACUAUUUAUUUGAUUCUAAGUUACUCUGCAAGUUUUAUGUUCUAUAUGAAUUUGAUCGUGAAAUCGUUAUAUUGUUCUUUGUUACUUAUAAUUUGAUUACAAGUAAAUAUGAUUAUUCUACUAGCUAAUGAUGGUGAUUGAUGAAGCAGCUGAGGAUUGAAUACCCGUGGUACAUUUUCUUGGAUUUAAAUCAUCUGGAAGAAAGAAUCCUUGGUUUUUAUAGAACUCGGAAAAGAGGGAGAGGAGUUCACAACUCUGAAAUCGACAAUUACGAUCCAUCAAGUAGACUGAAGGAUUUCACAGAUUCUGAGACACAAGCUCCUGAUGAUUUGCCGGAAUUUGAGACGUCUAAUAACUCUCCUCCUCCACUUGCUCAAGAAUGCAAAAGUUUCAAAUGGAGUGUUCGACUGAUAGAUGAUGCUCAUGAAAACAUAGAAGAGCAAAUGCUAACAACCAGAGAUGUUUGGAAGUUACAACAUCGCAAAGUGAUUGUUCACUUCGAUGAAGAUAGCGGUCAACCUGAUGAAGAUUUUGGAGGCCUACUUGGAUCAUGGUUAGGCCAAUUGAGUACUGAUGUGAACUUGUUACCCAUUAAAUAUAGUGAUUGGAGAACAUAUUCCCCUGGUAAAAAGGAUACAGCAUGGAAAUUAAUCCAGGCAAAGUUUUUGUUUGAUGAUCCAAUGGCAAGAAAGGAUUAUGUGAUUGGUGUUCUAGGGAGCAUAUGUAAGGAUCUCAAAGUACGUCUUUGGAAAAAAUACAAACAAAACACUCCUGCUGCAACAUUAGCAAAUCGUCCCCCUCAUGUGCCUGUAGAUCAAUGGCGUGACUUUGUUUCCACAAGGUUUUCUGAAAAAUGGAAGAAAAUGCAAGACCGAAAUACCAAAAGCCGAAGCAAACACACAACGCCUCAUAUAUGUGGAAGAAAGAGCUUCACUAGGAAAAGACGUCAAAUUACAAACGAGACUGGAAAAACACCAAGCCGAGCAGAGUUUUUCAUUACGACUCGCAAAAAAGCUGAUGGAAGUUUCGUAUCAGAUGAAGCUAAAAAACGUGCCGAUGAGCUUACAGUUUUGUUGGCUCAAAAUCCAUCAACACAAGUCUCAAACAAUGUUUCAACUUGUUUAGAUGAUGACUAUUCUCGAGUGUUUGGUCGUGAGCGUUCAGGGAGAGUGCGUUGCAUUGGUCGUGGACCUACACCUUCAAAAUUAUACAAACGUAGUACUGCAGCAAGAUCUGAGGCUGCAAAUGUUGAAACAGCUAAGAUGAAAACAAUGAUGACAUCAUUGCAAAACGAGGUUGGAACUCUGAAGGCAUUUAUCACUAAAUUGCUUACUAAAAGUAACGAUAUGGCAACUCCAUUGACAGAUGAUUUUGAUAGUAUAACGAAUCAGCUAACUUCUCAGGAAAGAAUUGUUGUCAACGAUCAGAGUGACAACGACGAUCAUGAGGAUUAGAUGAUAUGCAAAGGAUGAUUUGCCAUUUUUUAUUGUAGAAUUUGAUUUUAAGAGUUUUUUAUUUUUAUAUUAUUUAAACAUAUAAUGUUAUGGAUUAUUUGUUUUACUUUUUACUAUUAUUUGGUUAUUGCAUUUUAAAUAUUAUUUUAUUUUUAUUUAACAUUUUAUUAAAUUUAUUCAAAUUAUUUCAAAA